AUGAAAGCUACCCUGGUGCUCAGUUUUCCUCCCAGUUUACUGGUACUUUUGGUUGGCAUUGCCCAUGGGUGGCAUGACCUGGACAACAGUGAUUUUGACUGCUGGCCCCUGGAGAAACCUGAUGAAAUGAAUAUGCUGGACUGUGGAGGUCUAGAGAUGGCAUGGGUCCAGCGGCCACCAGAGAAGGCUAUCAGUGGGGAGUCUUUUAACGUGACCUAUGCUGUCUUUGCUUCAGAUGACUUUUAUGACUAUGCUAUCAGAAACGGCAUCCUUUCCCACAGCAAUGUAGCUGCUGCAAAGAAAUUCUGUGAAGAUGUAGAGUGUCCUGCCAACUGGAAAGAAGCAAAUGGAGAGAACUGCUGUGUCCACCACGCCAACAUUCAUUCUUGUCCUCUGGCCUUCAUGGUUAGUAGUGGAAUAUGCGGCCCAUGGAUCCCUGAUGAUGGACAAAUAUUUACUCAUACCCUGUCUGCUGUUGGCAAAAUGACACAGAGAAACUGGACAGCCAAGGUUGUGUUGGUCCAUGUGGGUGUGACUUCGCUUAUUGCUCACAUCAGAAUUGGAAAGAUGCAGGUGGCUUUGGAAGCCCAAACCACAGUACUGCCUGCAACAGUAUGUGGGGAUGGCCUGUGUGAAGAGGAUGAGGGAUGUUCCAUAUGCCCAGUGGACUGUGGGGAAUGCCCACUUACUACAGAUGUCUGGGUAGCCAUUGCUUUGCCAAUCUGUUUGGUCUGUAUUGUUUUCACUCUUAUAAUCAUGUGGUUUCAGUAUCAGAAGCAAAAGAUGUUUUGGGAUGAAAGUUGGAUUAUAGAUUUCACCCGCAUCAAACAAGGAAGGAGGGAGGAGUCUGUUAAUAUUGAUCAAUCCCCUAUAAAAUGCAAGACAUUGUCCUGGGUGCUGGAGCCUCUUAAUACAUUGAUUAUUGAAUAUAUCCAUGCUGUAUCUGUUCAAGAGAAGAUGUUGGGAAUUUUCCUUGCCGUUUCCCCACUUUUUGGUCAGUUUUUAACCUCAAAUCCUGAGACACUCUUGCUAUUUUGUUUCUCUCACUUAGAUGCAUGGAGACGGAUGGAGAGUGACAGCAGCAUGCCACCCAUGGCCAACACCUCCAACAGCAGUUCCAUCACUGCCAUCAGCUCUUGUACAACUGCUCUCAAUGCUGCUAAAAAGCAAUACUUCACCCAGACUGGGAUAUAUGAUGGAAAGAUUGUAGCCAUCAAGAAAAUAACAAAGAAGACAUUUACACUGUCCAAGAUAAUACGUAAAGAAGUGAAACAAGUCAGAGAACUGGAUCAUCCAAAUAUUUGCAAAUUCAUUGGAGGCUGCAUUGAAGUGCCUAACAUUGCCAUCGUAACUGAGUAUUGUCCGAAGGGAAGUUUGAAUGAUGUUCUGCUCAGUGAGGACAUUCCUCUCAACUGGGGCUUCAGAUUUUCCUUUGCUACAGACAUUGCCCAGGGAAUGGCUUAUCUCCAUCAGCACAAGAUAUUCCAUGGAUAUCUGAAAUCUACCAACUGUAUGAUAGAUGACCGAUGGGUGUGCAAAAUUUCAGACUUUGGAUUAAAGUCAUACAGAAAGGAAGAUUUGCCUGAAGGUUUCAGUUCAUAUCAACAGCGCCUGAGGCAGAUAUAUCUGGCUCCAGAAGCUCAUUUAGUGCCAGAUUGGGAACCAUCUGCAUUGGGAGAUGUAUACAGCUAUGCCAUCAUUUUAUUGGAGAUUGCUACAAGAAGUGACCCAGUACAGAAAGAAGAGUCUCAUUCAAUGGAAUCUGCCUUGUGUCUCCCUCUACAAGAAUUAAUUAGUGGCAAGUCAGAAAAUUCUUGUCCUUGCCCCUCAGAGUAUGUGGAGCUAAUCAGAAAGUGCAGGAAAAAUAACCCAUCCCAAAGACCGACAUUUGAACAAAUCAAGAAGCUUCUGUACAAGAUGAAUCCCAACAAAGUUAGUCCAGUGGACAUGAUGAUGACUUUGAUGGAGAAGUAUAGUAAACACCUAGAAGUGUUGGUGGUUGAAAGAACUCAGGAUCUAAUGCAUGAGAAACAAAAGACUGAUCGGUUGCUGUAUAGCAUGCUACCAAAACAAGUUGCAGAUGAUUUAAGACAAGGCAACCCCCCACAAGCCCAAAGCUACAUAAGUGCAACCAUCUUUUUCAGUGAUAUUGUUGGCUUCACUCAGCUAUCUAGCACCAGCACACCGUAUCAAGUUGUAAACUUCCUCAACAAACUGUACACUACCUUUGAUGAGAUUAUAGAUAGUUAUGAUGUCUACAAAGUGGAAACAAUAGGAGAUGCAUACAUGGUUGUAUCAGGAGUGCCAAAAAUGAAUGGAAUUCUCCAUGCCGGGCAAAUAGCAAGCAUGGCACUGGAUCUGGUAGCUGUGUGCAAGACAUUUAAGAUUCCUCACAAACCCAGUGUUCAGCUAAUGAUACGUGCUGGGAUCCAUUCAGGGCCAGUGGUGGCUGGAGUUGUUGGAACCAAAAUGCCCCGAUACUGUUUAUUUGGAGAUACAGUGAAUACAGCUUCAAGAAUGGAGUCAACAAGUAAAGCUCUUAAAAUCCAGUGUAGUUCCAGUGCCUACCAACUGUUGGAACAAAUUGGAGACUAUAAAUUAGUUUGUCGUGGAAACUUGGAAGUCAAGGGGAAAGGAACAAUGGUCACCUAUUGGUUGGAAGGAAAGAAGACUGCUGCAAACCCAGAGGGAACCUCCAGCACCCCUGUCAGCAGUCCAGCCCCAGAAAGGAACACUUUUAGCUUGAUUCCAGGAGUAUUAACCGUUGAGCCCUUCUCUAGUCCCGCCUAAAGUCAUUUCUUUGUGCCAGUUGCAGUUCCGGACUCUUUUAGAGCUAGAUCAGCUCUUCACAGACCUCUCCUGAGAUCCAGGGGGCCUGAAGCUUUCAUUGUAAUGGCACCUUUGGAAACAAAAGCAGAGAUUCCCUUUCCCUCACACUAUCAGAAUCCUUGGAAGGUUAUUAAUCAUAGCUCAGCCUGUCUGUCUUUCUUUCUUUCUCCCUUUCGUAUUCUCUCCCAUUUCUGGCAGUAAUACAAGUACAGUUCUCUGGCAGUGACAGGCCACUCAGCAAAAAGAAGAUGAGGUCUUCUAUGUCUCUGGAGAUGAGGCUUCCCAAUUUUGAGCAGACCUGUGAAGCUGCCCCUUUGAUUUCCCUGAGCAGCUCCCUGCAGGGCUGGCCCUGGGCAAGAUUGUAAAGUAGGCACAGUUUAUUUUUUAUGGCAUUCCAUCUCCCCUUUUUCUAACCUCUAGGUAUUUAGGGCCUGAUUGGUACUCCCUGGCUGCUUGCUAUCUCUCCUGAGAUAUUGCACUUACAGCGUGUGCUAUAGAUACUCUCUACUCUCCUCCAGCUUCCCUUGCAAAACUGACCCAUCCUGGGUCCCGUUCUGCACGAUUCCUUAGGUGACAUGGGAGGUCGGGCCUGGAAAGGACUUAAAAACCCAUCUGGUCUAUCCCUUUCAUGUUAUAAAUGUGGAAAGUGGACAGGCCAGGAAGGUCAAAUGAUCUGCUGAAAGUCACAAAGCUAGUUAAUCAAAGAGCUAGAAUUAGAACCCAGAUGACCUGAUUCUGAGGUCGGUCUGUUUUCUGACCCAAACCAGAGAAACUGACUUUUGUCUAGUUGUCAACAAUAGGCAACAACUCAAUAUGUUCUUUUCACUACGUAGCAUAUUUUUGCUUUAAAAGCAGCCUUCAGUCUUUAACCCAAAGCUUUGAAAGAACUAAUGGCUGAAAUUUCAGGCUGAACUAUAUUUGUAUUCUGUUGCCAUUUAACUAGAUUUUCAUGCUUAUUUUUCCUUUGAGAACACUAGAAGACAGGGCACCCAGAGAUCAGAUGAAGCAACUGGGGGUGUUUAGCCUGAAGAAGAGACUUAGGUGGGGCAUGGUGACUGUCUUUAAUUAUUUGAAGAGCUGUCUUGUAGAAGAGAGAUUCGACUUGUUCUGAUAGGUCCCAGAGGGCAGAUCUAGAAGCAAUGGUUGGAGGUUGCAGGAAGGAUUUUUUGGCUUGAUGUAAGGAAGGGGAAAAAUAAAUUCUACAGUUAGAAAUCUCUAAAAGUUUCUUAAGGAAGCAUUGGGUAUACCAUUAUUAGAAUUCUUCAAGAAGGAUCCAUUUACUUGUUCAUUACCAUUAUCAAAAAACAUUUGCUAAUUACUUAUAAUGUAUCAGACACUGCGCUAAAUGCUGGGGUUUGAAAGAAAGGCAAAACCAAGAUCCUUACCGUCAAAGUGCUCACAAUUCAAUGAGGAAGACAACAUGCACACCCAAACAAUUAUCCGCAUAUAAGACAUACACAGUAUGAAAAAAGUAAUCUCAGAGGGAAAGUACUAGCAGUGGGGAAGUGGGAGAUGGGGAAUGAGACUGGAAGAGCCCCCCUGCAGAAGAUAAGAUAAGAUUUGAGUUGAGCCUUGAAGGUUGGCGUGGAAAGCCAGUUGGAAGAUGGAGAGGAGAGAGAUUUCUAUUCAGAUUUAAGUUAGACCAGAUGAUUUCCAAAUUCUGUUCCAAUUCCGAGAGUCUGUGUUAGGCUGAAAAUUCACAGUAUAGAGUGUGGCAAGAAAAUAAUUAAACUAGAUUUUUUUUCCUCUACAUGUUUUAUCAACCAUGUCACAACGCGUACAGUAUUCUGAGUGUGUGGUCAAACCCUGGGGCACUGUGCUUACAGCUGGUUCAUGGACAUCCAAGAAAAUCAGCCCCGUUACUAUAUAUAUUGGGCCUCAUUUCUACUUAUCAAAGGUAUUUUGGGGCUCGAUCAUUUUCUUGAUUCGUCAGAUUGAGUUCUGAGAGUCCUUUGGCUCUUUUCCCUAAAAUGAGAUCUGCCCUUAAAGGAUGUAUACUUGACACCACUGAAAUGAUUCAAAGGAUGGCUUUGCAGACUUGUAAAGUAAUGUCUGAAGUCGAGAUUCAAAACCCCUUUUAAGCACUGGUGACAACGAUGCAAUAAAUGUAUUGUUUCUCAGGGGAGUUGUUUUGAAGGGGAUAAUACUCAUUGAUAUAUAGAAAUUCUAGUUUGUUAAACAAUCUAUGACUUUAUUCUUUUUUAUGUAUUAAAUCAAUUUGGCCAUCUGGUGGAGUCUAUUGACUCCUCAGAAUAAUGUAUUUAAAGGCAUAAAAUAAAACACACAAGAUUACAAUGGAAAUCAAAUUACUGAAAUACAGCAUUAUACUACCAGAAAGUUCAGUGAUUUGUAGUUAAGAAUGGCUGCUGUUAAGACACAAAUUCAACAUGUUUGAGAAGUGUUUCUGUGAGCAGGACUAGUUCUGUCUCUUUGUAAAUAAUGCAUUUAUCUCUGUUGUCCGACAGCACAAACUAAGUGGGGAUUCUGUUAGAAAGACAAGGGAGAUUAUGAUGUAAAGAAGAACCAGAACAAGUAUUCAACCUAUGAUUUCGUUGAUGUAUCAACUUCUCUGCAAUUUACAAUGUGACAGAAUUUUUGUCUCAAAUAUUGAGAAUUUAAGUGACUUUUUUCAGGAUCAAAUGGUAUGUGUAAGAAGCAGGACUUGAAUGCAGGUCUUCCUAGAUUGUAGGCGGGCUCUCUAAUCACUAUACCACACUGUCAGAAUCAGAAGCCAGAUAGUCUUCCUGGGUAAACUAUCUGUUUAAGCUUUUAAAGGUCAGAGCAGGAACAAGCUAGAAUCAUUAGAACUGGUGUCCUUUAGGAUUUCAGAUUGAUUUUUCUAUCCUUGGACAUUUCCUGAAAGCUUUAAUAUGAGUGGGGAAGGGGCAUUUAACUGAGCAAAGGCUGUUGGGAGGAAUAUCAGCUUCUCACAUCUUUAGGUUAUAAUUUAAAGCUAAACUUACGUUGUCUGCAAGAGAAGAAUGGGGAACAAUUUCCCCAUGAUACAGAAGAAACUUUUGAGUAAUCAUACUUGUGAAGAUAUUGAUUGUACUGAUGCAUUUAGAGGUAACCUAAUUGCUGUUUUCCACAAAUGCUUGUAAUUAGAAAAACAGUUCAGCUUGAAACAUAUCACUGGCGACUGCUGUCUCCUUUCAAGUUCCUGGGCAAUUCCUUUUCUCUGAGUGUAAAACAUAAUGUAUGAUGUAUGUGUUAGAGGAGGGAACUUCUAAGUCCUUCCUUGUUAAAAUGCCAUAAAGAUACUUAGCGUAGGAGCUAAACUUCUUGAGAUUUGAUUCUUUAAACACUGAACAUAAAAUUUCAUAGAUCAGAAUUAGGAGGGACCUUUAAGGUCAUCUUAUCUAACCCCUUCAUUUCAUAGAGCAUCACCAGAAGAAGGUUUCAAAGCAAAUUAGUGCCACAAAAAUCCAGGUCUUUUGAUUCCCAGUUGAGUACUUUCCCCACUGUUAUACUGUCUCUUGAUGGUCCAUUGAUUCUGUUUUUUGGUAAUUUGCUUUUUAACUGUAUAUGCAUUUUUUACUUCCUCCUGUUUUUAUUUUUUGAUUAAUAAGCAUUUAUUUGGGGGCAGCUAGGUGGUACUCUGAAGAGAGCACCAGGCCUGGAUACAGGAGGACCUGGGUUCAGUUCUGACCUUAGACACUUCCUAGCUAUGUGACCCUGGGCAAAUCAUCAAAUCCCAUUUGCCUAGCCCUUGCCUUUCUGUUUUAGAGUUGUUAUUAAGACAGAAAGUAAAGAUUACAAAACACCAACUAUUUAUUUUCUCUCCUUCACACUUUUCCCCACCACUGAGAAAUAAAAAGAGAAAACAUUCAUUUUCAUUUGUCAAUGAAGAGUAUCUCAUAAAACCUCUGAAUAUUUUUGUCUCAUAAUUCUAGGGAUCUAUCUGAUCACACCCUCUUGUAUUUGUAGAUUUUUUAUGAAGAACUGAAAAUAAGCAUAUAUCUCAUGCUUAAGAGGAAUCUAAAAGCUACUUUUAAAGAAUGCUUUAUGUGCUUCUAUUUUUUCAUUCCUAUUUCUUUACUCAUCAGGAAAUUAUAUUGUACAAAAAUGUUAUGUGCUGUGGAUGUAGGGAAAUAUUGGUCCUCUCCUAGUCCGAUGGGUUCCUAAGAUCAUAGAAUUUGAGUUGGAAGAGACCUUAAAGUCUAUAUAGUCCGCCCCCUUCAUUCUAGAGAAAUGACUUAUCCAUGGUCACACAGAGUAAGUAUGAGAACUUAGAAUUUCAUGACUCCAGGUCCCACACUCUAUUUCCCCCACUAGAUUGUACGUUCCUUGAUGAUGGGGCAGUUUCUUUGCAUCUCCAGUACUCAGCAGAGGCACAAAGUAGAUGCUCCUUAACUUGACUAUCCAUUAUACCAUUCAACUGGGGAGGCAACAAGAAGGAGUGAACUUAUUUCAAACUUUUCUAGAGAGAUCUUAUGUCCCCAGCCAUACAAUAGGCACUAUGUGGAGUUCAAAGAUACUAAAAACAGACUAUUGCAGAAAGUAAUUUACAAUUUAGUUCAAGAGAGAUUUGUACAUGGAUGAUUCCAGUAAAGAUAAAAGAUAUAUAAACAGCGAAGGCUGUAAGUGCCAUCAAUUCAGAGUAGAGAAGGAUCACUUCUGCCAGUAAUAAUCAAGGAAGACAUCAGGGAAGAGGAGGUGUAUGAGUUGGACUUUAAAGAGUGGGUACACUUUUGAUGGUAAAACAAAGGGAAUUAGGCAAGGAAGGUGAAACAUUUAAUGAGAUAAGUAAACUAUUAGAUUUAUCAAAGAAGCAUUAUAUAGGGACAAAUUGAAAAUGAAGAUCGAGAGGUGUCAGGGCUAAAUUGUAUAGUUUUAAAUGCCAGACCUUGCUCGCUAUGAGACCUUGGUCAUCCUCUCAGCUAAUGUCUCAGCAUCAAUUUUCUAAUCUAUAAAGUAGAAAUAAUACUAAUGCUAAGCUAAUGAGUGGAUUUUCCCAGCCUUUUUAGAAAGAAUGAUAUUUCCUUCCUCCUUCAAUCCCUUAUUCAAUCAGAUUCUAAUGCCGCCACCACUGUAAACCAGACUGAACAAAACUAUCUUAAUAGAUUCCUAGUCAGUCUUCCA